AGUUUCUUCGUUCUUUAUUCUCUAUAUUUAUUAUGUCUUCCGAGAGUACACAUACAGUGAGCGACCUCGAGGCGUCGUCAGCGUCGAGUGGAUUUGUAGAGGAGAAGAAGCAAGCUGAUGGAUCGAAACCAGACUGGAAGCUUCUCCUUAUGUUUGGUGUACUGGGAUUUGUAGCCUUGGCUCCAUGGAACUUCGUUCUCACUGAGCUAGUAUACUUGGAUUCCAAGUUCGAGCAUCAGUUCAGUUCCAACGUCUCCAUCUACUACGGUCUGUCUGUCAAUGUGGCCGAACUGUUACUCAUCUUCAUUGGCAACAAGUUCCACUUCGCCCCUCGUAUGGAUAUUGGAUGCAUCUUGCUUGCCUCGUUCAAUAUUCUCAUGGCGGUGGUCGCCAUGGUGAUUGGUGAAGAUGAUCCCGUUGACAACUCGGCCCUUGGGUUCGCGCUCGGUUUGGUAUGCACGUUCAUGCUUGGCUUUGGUCAUUCUCUCAUAGAAUCAGCCGCUUUUGGUUUGGCAGCACUUGGUUCCCAGACUUGUAUGAAUUGGGCUAUGAUUGGUGAGGGUGUUGCUGGCCUUAUCGGGUGGCCUAUCUACGUACUCAUAAACUAUAUUCUCACAUCAUGUGGGGUUCAACGUUAUGCUGAAUGGAGGUGCUUGAUCUUCUUCGCGGUCACCUCAAUAAUGACUAUCCUCGUUAUCCCAAUGUUCCGACUUUGUAUGGUAAAACACCCGUACAUGAGAGAUAUUCUCAAGAUUGAGGAGAGCAGGAAGAAGGAAGGCUUCACCAAGCGUCAGAGUACCCGUCCUGUGUACGCUAUCCUCAAGGAUAUCAUGUUGCCCGCAUUCAUUGUUUGGUCUGUUCUAACUAUAACCUUCACCGUAUUCCCUUCCCAAGUAACACAGUUUACCAGCUCAAAGGGCCCGGAUGACAGCGUCAACUUUAUUCCUCUCGUAACUUAUAUGUAUCAGAUUUUCGAUACUGUUGGCCGCUUUGCCCCGAACAUGGGAAUUCGCUUAUCACCAUUAUGGUUGGUUGUUGUUUCUCUCGGACGUGCUAUCUUCAUACCGCUAUUUAUUUGCAUCAGAGUCUUCCCGAGCGUCAUUCCUUUCCACUAUAACUGGUUCAAGCACGUUAUGAUGGCAAUAUUUGCUUUCAGUAACGGUGUCGUUGCUACUCUUGGUAUGAUGCUUGGUCCGAAGAAAGUUCCAAACCAUAAGGAUGAGCAAGAAAUCGCUGGUUAUGCUAUGGGAUUCUGCCUCAUCAAUGGUAUCCUCAUCGGAAGCAUCUUCGGUGUGUGGAUUACAGAUAUGCUAUGAGUUCUUCCCGAAAAUUUCUAGUAUGUCAUUUUUAUCUCUUAGUAUUCAUAUCUGGAUCAUCACUGUUUAUUUUCUACUAUACUGUUGUAACAAUCGCUGUGGUAAGUUUCUAUGAUUUGCUGGAUUGUUGGUAUAUUCCUCACUUUGUGGAGGAACGAUUGUUCUAUACACUCACCUUCACUGUCCAAUACUGUGAUUGUUAAAUCUUCAACGGUCGAGUGACCUCGUAGAU